CCCCAGUGUAUUUUGAUGUGUAAAUCUCGUAUGAUGGGUAUGUUUGUGUCGCCGGGAGUCUAGUCCACUGUCCAUAUCUUUCGAUAUGAGGGCUCCAUGUGUGGUUUUGGCCUAACAUUGACCCCGUUUGCUUGUGUACACUUUGUCCUUCAUUAUGUUUUGUAGGAUCAUGGAGGUUUAUCUCGACCAGAUGAACAUCGUCCAGUGCCAUAAGCUGCAGAACCUCCGUGACCGCAGCAUCACCGAGCACUUUCACCUCGAUUGGGAGGUGUUCGAGGAGCUUCAUGCCAGGCCACAGAUGGAGGCCGCGGUCCGCUCCCCUGCUUGGCGGCGUCUUCUCACCCUUGCCGAGGCGACCUACAAGGAGCUAGUCUGGGAGUUCUACGCCACCUUCCACCACAACUCGAAGGGGAACUCCGACCAUGCUGAUGCAGUUCAGUUCACCCUCGGUGAGGUGGAGCACUCCCUCAAUUACUGGGAGUUCGCCAAUGCACUUCGUCUUAAUUCUCGGGCAGCGGGCGGACCUCCCUUACGCUUGGACCUCUCCGAUCCCACCGACUUCGCUUGCCAGGCGUACUUUCAGAGCAUUUGCCUGCCGGACAGUGUGGAUGAAGAGUACGUGGCCAGCCAGACGCGGGCUGCUCUCCUCCGUCCGGAGUGGCGGAUCCUCAACCACCUGAUGUGCAUUUCUUACACACCCAGCCAGGGCUCGUCCAACCGGGUCACACUCCGGACUCUCUGGUUGUUGCAUGCGAUGGGUCGUUCUGAGGACACCAUCCAGCUGGGCUCUGUGCUUGCCCGGACGUUCACUAAGGUAGCCAUCAGCACGACUCGUAGCCUCGUUUGUGGCCCGGUGAUCACCGCCUUGGCCCGCAACUACGGGGUGGACUACACAGGGAUGACAUUGGUCCGCGGACCAACCCCACUCGGCGAGCCUACUCUCCGCCACCAGCACUUGGUUGCUCGCCUCAGGCGUGUGCGCUGGAUCGCGGGCCUUCCUCAGCCACCUAUACCUGCCGAGGGCGACCAGGCCGAGUCGAGCGCCGCUGGUGGGCGCCGAGUUCCCCGUCGCGUUCCCCGUCGUGCCCAGGCUCCAGCGAGCCCCUCUCCUGCUCCCCGGUCUCCUUCUCCAGGGUCCCCUCCUCCAGUGGUGGUGCCCAUCUCCGCCCAGUUGGCGGCAAUCACGCAGCAGAAUGAGCGCAUCCUGGCUGGCCAGGAGCGCAUCCACACCCGCCUUGAUCGUGAGCGGGACCGAGGGCGUCGUCUCAUGUCGGGGCAGCACUACAUCAUGUCCUACUUGGGCUUGGACCCGAACGCGGUCCACUACCCGUUCGUGCAGUCCCUAGGGUUUGAGGAUGAGUACCCUCCACCCACCGGCGAUGGCGGUGAUGCCUUCUAGAGCGGGUUUUGUGCUUUAUUUGUGUUCCAGACUGAGACUCCGUGUUUUGUGAUUUUGUUUUGCUUUGUUUUGUUUUGUUUUGUUUUGUUUUUUUUAUCUUGGAUUGUAGACUUGGUACUCUGAUUCCUAUCACCCAGUGUGUGUGUUUUUGUUGUCUCUAGCUCUGUGCCUCCUUCUUUUGACUGGUCCGCCAUCCAGUCAACGUUCCUGAUCACUGUUUCACGGUAACAUCGUUCCCCUUCCCUCUGCUCCAUUGAGGACAUUGUCGCGAUUAAGUGUGGGGGGGUUCUUUGUAUGAAUUGAAACGUAUAUAUGUGUGCUUGGAGCCUAGUCCACUGUCCAAAUCUUGAGAUUUGAGGGCUCCAAGCAUGGCUGUUUGCUUGAUGAUUGAUCGUAUUGGCACUGUGGAUGUGAUUAGUGAAUUGAAUGGCUUUUGACUUGAUACAUGACAACUUGAGUGUGACUUAGACAACUUAUUGUGAUGACUGAGAUGUGCAGUAGAAUUGUGUAGGGGUUCAGUUUUUCAACUGUCUACUCACCAAAUGUGACUUGGUUUGAUCACUUGCCUUUGAUAGUCAUUUAUGCAUCUAGUUCAGGGAAUCAGAACGAGAGAUAGAGCAUAUAGGUAGCCAUGUGAGAUUUGAGCCUGCUCGUUUCUUUCUUGUGCGAUAGUUUCCUCUUCCAUGAUGUGCAGCAUUCACGUUGUCAUUAGCUAAGAUGAUGGAGGCAUAGGAUUAGCCCACGACCAAAUUGACUGUCCUGGUGUGUCAUACCCCUAGUCAGCCCCUUUGAGCCGUGUGUUUUCUUUCUUUCGGUCUUCAAUGAAAAGUCACCCUUUUG